AUGUCUGAAAAUCCAAUGGCUGGACCUUCGAUUAUGACGCUUAUUCGUAAUGGAGCUAAGUUUGUUCCUUGUAUGAAAUCAACACAAGAAGAUUUUUUACACUAUCAAACCACAUGCCCGUCAAUACCAUCAUUUACUAAUGAAACUUGUACGUAUGAAGAAUAUCUUUGGUAUGCGUGCAAUGUCGAAAAUCUAAAAGGUUUUCCUUAUCAAGUUUAUCGAUUUAUUAUACCUAUGUUUCUGCAUGCUGGUAUAAUUCAUCUAUUAACAAACUUAAUGAGUCAACUAUAUAUUGGGAUACCAUUAGAGCGAAAGUUUGGUUCGAUUCGUAUCGCUAUUAUAUAUAUUCUAUCAGGUAUUGGUGGUACUUUACUCAGUGCAAUUGGACUUCCACGAACUGGUAAGUAA